CUUGCAGGGUGCGGCUAUGCCACGCUUAUUUCAGCCCUUGACUCCGAUGAUACGGGCACCUUGAGUAUACUCAACGGCCUUUUCAAGUUGCCCAAUGACAUGGUUCAGGCUGCCUUCGGAGGCAUUUCAGGAUCGAAGAGUAGCGAAGGAAGUGGAAAUCGCGUUCCUGGUGUGGGUACCGGAGCUGCCCUCGGAUCCGAAGAGUGCUUGGCUAGGUGCGGCAUGGGAAAGCGCUAG